CACCGAGCCGCCUUGCCCGCGGCUGACCGGUGCUGCACCCCUGGGGUGCUGGGAGGGCCGGCGGGGCAGCCGGGCGCCUCGCUCACCUCUCCCGCUCUGGGCGAUCUAAGCACCGUCCUUUGGCGGAGCGCUCCGCCGGGGUGUCCCCAGCUCGGGUGUGGGCUGCCUUGUCGGCCGGGGGUUGUAACGCGCCCUUCCUCGCAGCUGCUCGGCCCCCGCCCCGCAUCAUGAAUCGCAGCCGUACUAGCAGCACCUCCGAAAAGGCGACACUGGCCUUGCUCUGGGGCUGUGAGCUGAGCCAGGAGAAGCCGACUUGGACCUUCAGACCCCAGAAGGUGGGGAAGCAGAACUGUAUGCUGCUGCUUAGUACGAUUUGCCUGGGGGAGAAAGCCAAAGAGGAGAUGAACCUCGUGGAGAUCCUGCCCCCAGCAAGCCAGGACGACAGAAGGAGGAAGCCCAUCACCCUGGCCUCUCUUCGGGCCUCCGUCCUCCCCAUGGUUGUCCUGGCGGGAUUGGAGCUUUCUCCUCCUGUCACAUUCCAGCUCCGGGCUGGCUCUGGACCCGUGUUCCUCUGUGGCCAGGAAUGUUAUGACCAAUCCUGGGAGGAAGAGGAGGGGGAGGAGGAGGAAGAAGAGGAGGAGGAAGAAGAGGAGGAAGAGGAAGAAGAUGAUGACGACGAAGACACAGAUGUGUCCCUGGAGAAGGAGACCCCUGUCAAACAAGUCAAGAGGCUGGCGCCCCAGAAGCACACAAGCAUUGCCAAGGUGAGGGAGGGACACCCACCACCCCCGCAAAGGCUCCUCAGAAACCUGGACCAGGCCUCCCCAGUUGAGUGCGCUGAGGCCCAGGGCAACACCUGCCAGGUGCCCGGCGGGAGUCUGCUCUGCCCCUGGGCCUUGCCAGAACUCCCAAUGAUGCUUGUGUUUGGUUUCCAGAAAAAAAAGGUGGAAAAAGAGGAGGUGGCAGUGAGGUAACUCUUUCCAUCUAUUAAAUGAGCCAAAAUCUUUUAGUUGAGGUACAUCGUGCUUGAAAGAGGAUGAUGCACGUGUGUGUGCAGGUGUGUGGUACACGGAGACACAGGUGCACAGGUGUGCUGCCACUGUCGGUUGGCACAGUCUUUUUGAAAAGCAUUUAACAGUUCUUAUUUUCUGACUUCUUCCCACUUAUGGCAGUUCCUUCCAAAGAAUCCCAUCCAAGAUAUGAGGGAAAU